CCUGCUCUUCUUAUCUGUGUGCGCAUCGUCAGCACUAGUUUGAAGUCAAAUCUGACAGCCGCUGCCUAACCAGCUCCUUUGCCCGUCUCAUUUACUCCCCGAUUGUCAUUCCGUCUUCAUUAAGAGACUGUGGGAUCCGUUCCGAUCUCCUGCCUUCAACUUGGAGCGAAGAAAGACGCGAGAAACUCCUCGGGAUUCUCCGCACCCCGCGCGCUGAUCCCGGCUUUCUGUCUGAUGUGUUGGCGUGGUUCUUAAGGAGAAUUCUGGGGAGAUUUCUUUCCUCUUUCGAUCCUCAAGGAUGAAGGCUUACGUCGGACCUGUGCACUAAAACAGGAGCAACAAACCUGCUGCCAUCGCAGCAAACACACCCGAAGGACAGACAUACAAGGAGACAGACGGGCAGACAGGACAAGAGCGAGCGGCGAUCCCCAGCUGUUCUUAAAACGCUGCCACUGAUACAUAAUUGAAGACGCGGCUCUUCAACGCAUCGCUGAGCCUUCCUCUCAGCUCCAACUUUCCAGCUUCAAGAAUGAACCAUGUGCAAAGGUUGUGACGGCUUGUCUCUAUCAUCCCGUGGUGCAGUGAGGUGCUGAACUCACGGUGGAUACAGCAUGCAUGUGUCGAUUUAUCCCACGAUGCACUCUGCCAGUCCAGGCCUGCUCCUCCUCAGCAUCCUCUUCCUCGCUGAUGCUGACUCAUCUCCUAGAUUCACACGAACCCCAGAGGACCAAACAGGAGUCCAGGGGGGAGUGGCUUCCUUUGUGUGUCAGGCCGCUGGGGACCCACAACCCAAGAUAAUGUGGAACAAGAAAGGCAAAAGAGUCAGCAACCAGAGAUUUGAGGUAAUAGAGUUUGACGAUGGAUCCGGUUCAGUCCUGAGGAUCCAACCGCUGAGAACUCCCAGAGACGAGGCCAUUUACGAAUGUCACGCCUCCAACUCAGCAGGAGAGAUUACUGCCUCCACCCGACUCAGUGUGUUACGAGAGGACCAGCUUCCCGCAGGGUUUCCCACCAUUGACAUGGGCCCCCAACUCAAGGUGGUUGAGCGUUCUCGGACUGCCACCAUGCUCUGUGCUGCAAGUGGCAACCCUGACCCGGAAAUUUCUUGGUUCAAAGAUUUCCUGCCAGUGAACACAUCUAGUAACAAUGGACGAAUCAAGCAACUCCGCUCAGAGUCCUUUGGUGGCACGCCCAUACGAGGCGCCCUCCAGAUAGAGAUGAGCGAGGAGUCGGACCAGGGGAAGUAUGAGUGUGUCGCCACCAACAGUGAUGGGACACGCUAUUCCACCCCAGCGAAUCUCUACGUCAGAGAACUGCGAGAAGUUCGUCGUGUGCCCCCUCGCUUCUCCAUCCCCCCUGCUGACAGCGAAAUCAUGCCAGGAGGUAACAUCAACAUCACCUGCGUGGCUGUUGGCUCCCCCAUGCCGUAUGUGAAGUGGAUGCUGGGAGCAGAAGACCUGACACCCGAGGAUGACAUGCCCAUCGGCCGCAACGUCCUGGAACUGACCGAUGUGCGGCAGUCCAACAAUUAUACCUGCGUUGCCAUGUCAACACUCGGUGUGAUCGAAGCCAUGGCACAGAUCACUGUAAAAGCUCUGCCGAAGGCUCCGGGCAUGCCUAUGGUGACAGAAAGAACUGCAACAAGCAUCACCCUCACCUGGGAUUCAGGAAACCCAGAACCUGUCUCCUAUUAUGUGAUACAGUAUCGCGGCAAAGGCUCAGAGGACCCCUUCAAGGAGAUUGAUGGCAUCGCUACAACUCGCUACAGCGUGGGCGGCCUCAGCCCUUAUUCUCACUAUGACUUUCGGGUGGCAGCUUUCAACACCAUCGGCCAAGGACCCCCCAGCGAAGUUGUGGAGGCUCGCACAGCUGAGCAGGCGCCCUCGUCGCCUCCUCGGCAGGUCAUCGGCCGGAUGCUAAGUGCCACAACAGCAAUGAUACACUGGGAUGAGCCGGAGGAGCCCAAUGGUCAGGUGGUGGGAUACAGAGUCUACUACACCUCUGACAACAUGCUUCCAGUCAACCAGUGGGACAAGCAGAUGGUACGCAGCACCAGCUUCAUCACCAUCCAGGAUUUAACUCCCAACAAGACGUACUACAUCAGAGUCCUGGCGUUCACUUCUGUGGGAGAUGGACCUCUGUCCCAAGACCUGCAGAUUAUUGCCAAGACUGGAGUACCGUCCCAGCCUUCAGAAUUUAAGGGUGAAGCCAAGUCUGAAACCAGUAUCCUACUGUCCUGGGUAGCCCCUUCAACCCAGGGUGGCCCAGAGAGCCAGAUUACAGGCUAUGAGCUGGUUUACCGAAGGGUGAACGACUCGGAAGAGAAGAAAGUCACUUUUGAGCCUACGACAUCCUACCUGUUGAAGAAUCUGAAGCCUUUCUCCACGUACACCUUCCAGCUGGCAGCUAAGAGCAAAAAUGGAAUAGGAGCGUACACCAAUGAAGUGUCCAUUGGCACUCCACAAACACCUCCCUCAGCACCUCCCCAGGACAUCUCCUGCACCAGCCCCAGCUCUACCAGCAUCCUGGUAAGUUGGGCUCCACCUCCCCUGGAGUUUCGGAAUGGCAUCAUAACGGGAUACUCCAUCCAGUACACCACAAUGGAAGGGAACAAAACAUCCAAAAGAAUUGAUGGAAUCCCCCCGGAGAGCUCCCCGUACCUCCUGGAAAACCUUGAGAAAUGGACUGAGUACGGCAUAACAGUCCGAGCAAGCACGGAGGCUGGAGAAGGACCGGAAAGUUUACAGCUGCUUAUCCGCACCGAGGAAGAUGUUCCAAGUGGUCCUCCCCGUGGGGUUGAGGCAGAGACUGUGAACGCCUCGGCCAUUAGGGUGAAAUGGCGGGCGCCAGCUCCUGAACGGCAGCACGGCCAAAUCCGAGGCUACCAGGUGCACUACGUGAGAAUGAACUAUGGGGAACCACAGGGCCAGCCCUCCAUCAAGGACAUCCUCAUUGAUGACUCACAGUGGGAGUAUGGUGACUCAGUGGAAUAUGAAGUGAUACUUGGAGAUCUGAAGUCUGACACCGCCUACUCUGUAUCAGUUGGAGCCUACACCGCUAAAGGCGAUGGCGCUCGCAGCAAACCCAUAACUGAGUGCACCGCUCUACCUUUGCCUGAAAAACCCAGACUGAUGGUCACUGUGUCGGAUUCGGGUACCGCUCUGCUCCAUUGGUACCCUCCUUCCAACCCACCAACCCCAAUUCUAGGGUACCGCCUUACUUUUGGCCGAGUCGAUGUCCUCCCUUUUGUAGUUGUGGAAUUCCCAACCAAGGAAACACGCUACACUGUCCAGGAUAUUCAGAAGGGAGCAAAGUAUGAGUUCCGACUGUGCUCCCAUAACAAAAUGGGCUAUGGAGAAGAGGCUGUGAAGGAGGUGACAACUCCAGAGGAUGCUCCAAGUGGAUACCCAGAGAAUAUUAUCUUGGAGGAUGCCUACGCAACAUCACUCCAUCUGGCAUGGAAGUCGGUUCCACUAAUUGAGCAAAAUGGGAAAAUCGUAAAGUACUCAGUUCUCUACAAGGAUAUAAACAGUCGUGGGAAUGCUUCAGAGGUGGUGGUGCCCGCCCCAGGCUCAAGUGCUAAAUUGGAGGGUCUGAUUGCCGACACAGUAUACGAUGUCAGGGUGUGUGCUUUCACAGCUGUGGGUCCUGGGCCAUACAGCCCCAGUGUCCGCUUCAGGACGCAGCGGCUAGACCAAGUUUUUGCCACCAACUUCAGAGUUAAAGCCUCCAUGAAGAACUCCAUCCUCCUCUCUUGGGAGAUCCGGGACAAGAAUCCUUCCCAACCUUUCACUAUUCUGUAUGGGAAGGGCCAGUCUGUGGAGGUAGAUGGCAAGCAGACACAGAAGCUCAUCACUGGCUUGACUCCGGACACACUGUAUUCCUUUCUGCUCACCAACCGGGCCAACAGUGCUGGAGGUCUGCAGCACCGUGUCACUGCCACAACUGCACCAGACAUCCUGAAAGCCAAGCCAACCAUCGUUGGAAAGACCAAUGCAGACGGCAUGGUGACUGUGCAGCUGCCAACUGUACAGACCACAGCAAAAGUCAGGGGUUACUAUGUUGUGGUGGUGCCUCUGAAGAAGCAGAGAGGGGGUAAAUUCCUGAAUCCCUGGGAGGAGCCAGACCAAAUGAACUUGGAUGAGCUACUGAAGGAGAUCAACAGGACAAGCAUCAGCCGUGCUCUCCGCAUCCGCAGGCAGGUCGGCCUGUCAGAUCCCAGGGCGUACGUCACAGCUCACUUUAAGACCCUCCCCCUGGAGUUCACGUUAGGCGACGGCAGAAACUACGGAGAUUUCCGCAACCGCCCUCUACAGAACGGACAAGAGUACGUUUUCUUCGUGCUUGCACUUCUGGACCUUUCGGAGAAUACUAUGUAUGCAACCAGCCCGUUUUCUGAUCCGGUGACCUCGUCUGAUGUGGACCCUCAGCCGAUUGUUGACGAAGAGGAAGGCUUGUUGUGGGUGGUGGGGCCUGUGCUGGCUGUGGUCUUCAUCGUCUGCAUUGUCAUCGCCAUUCUUCUCUUUAAAAGCAAACCAGACAGGAAAAGAGCUGAAGCUGAAGGAAGAAAAGGCAGUUUUCCCUGCAGUAAAGCCAUGUCCUCCCACCAUCCCACCGAUCCUGUGGAGCUGCGCAGAAUUAACUUCCAAACUCCAGCUUAUCGUGUAUCAGUGUACCGCGGUUAUCGACGCUUGUCAAGCAUGGCAAGUCACCCACCCGUCCCCAUCUCUGAGCUGACGGAUCACAUUGAGCGCCUCAAGGCAAACGACAAUCUCAAGUUCUCCCAGGAGUAUGAGUCUGUUGAUCCGGGUCAGCAGUUCACCUGGGAAAACUCCAACCUGGAAGUCAACAAACCAAAGAACCGCUACGCAAAUGUCAUUGCCUACGAUCACUCAAGGGUUGUACUUUCCAGCAUUGAAGGCGUCCCUGGCAGUGACUACAUCAAUGCAAACUAUAUCGAUGGCUACCGCCGACAGAAUGCUUACAUCGCCACGCAGGGUGCCCUGCCUGAGACCUUUGGGGACUUUUGGAGGAUGGUAUGGGAGCAGCACUCAGCCAACAUCAUCAUGAUGACCAAGCUGGAGGAGAAGUCACGGAUGCCCUCUUAUUUCUUCUCUAAGGUGAAGUGCGAUCAGUACUGGCCGACUCGAGGCACAGAGACCUACGGCCUCAUCCAGGUCACUCUGCUGGACACAGUGGAACUAGCCACUUACUCUGUCAGGACCUUUGCUCUUUACAAGAGCGGCUCCAAUGAGAAGCGUGAGGUCCGUCAUUUCCAAUUCACAGCCUGGCCGGAUCACGGGGUGCCCGAACACCCCACCCCGUUCCUGGCCUUCCUUCGCCGGGUCAAGGCUUGCAACCCUCCAGACGCAGGCCCGAUGGUUGUCCACUGCAGUGCUGGAGUCGGUCGCACGGGCUGCUUCAUCGUUAUCGACGCCAUGACAGAGCGCAUCAAGCAUGAAAAGACCAUCGACGUCUACGGCCAUGUCACGCUAAUGCGCUCACAGAGGAACUACAUGGUCCAGACUGAGGACCAGUACAUUUUCAUCCAUGACGCUGUGCUGGAGGCCGUGACCUGCGGCAACACGGAGGUUCCCGCUAGAAACCUGUACUCCUACAUCCAGAGGCUGACACAGAUCGAGCCUGGAGAAAAUGUCACAGGAAUGGAGCUGGAGUUCAAGCGUCUGGCCAGUGCCAAGGCUCACACGUCACGGUUCGUGAGUGCCAAUCUGCCAUGUAACAAGUUCAAGAACCGGCUGGUCAACAUCAUGCCCUACGAGACCACACGUGUGUGUCUGCAGCCAAUCAGAGGAGUGGAGGGUUCGGAUUACAUCAACGCCAGCUUCAUCGACGGAUACAGGCAGCAGAGAGCUUAUAUAGCAACUCAAGGCCCACUGGCUGAGACCACAGAGGACUACUGGAGAAUGCUGUGGGAGCACAACUCCACCAUAGUUGUCAUGCUAACCAAGCUGAGAGAAAUGGGACGGGAGAAGUGUCACCAGUACUGGCCUGCGGAGCGCUCGGCCAGAUACCAGUACUUCGUGGUGGAUCCCAUGGCGGAGUAUAACAUGCCUCAGUACAUCCUGCGAGAGUUCAAAGUGACUGAUGCCAGGGAUGGCCAGUCACGCACGGUUCGCCAGUUCCAGUUUACUGAUUGGCCAGAGCAAGGAGUGCCAAAGUCAGGGGAGGGAUUCAUAGAUUUUAUUGGGCAGGUGCAUAAAACUAAAGAGCAGUUUGGGCAGGACGGGCCAAUUACCGUGCACUGCAGUGCUGGAGUAGGAAGGACCGGAGUGUUCAUCACCCUCAGCAUCGUUCUGGAGAGGAUGAGGUAUGAAGGUGUAGUGGACAUCUUCCAGACCGUUAAGAUGCUGCGCACUCAAAGACCUGCCACGGUUCAGACAGAGGACCAGUACCAAUUCUGCUACAGGGCUAGUUUGGAGUACCUAGGAAGCUUUGACCACUAUGCAACAUAAAAACCCGGUCGUCUGUCAUGCCACACUCAACCUAGUGCUUCCUCUUAGUGUCACACACAACCUGAAUACAUGCACUAGGCUGUGAUGUGUGCAUGAACACCAACCACAUGCAGAGUUAAGGGGGCCCACCGGCUUAUCCCGUACCCAGAAACAGCACCUCUAACUGAGCCAUACCUGCUUGACAAAGGUGGGGAGGGGUCCUUCCCCGCCCCUCUCAGCCCAAACAAACACACCUGUCUGGAGAACUCAACCACCCGUUUCAAUCAGAAUACUCAAUUGAGUAUAGAUUUCUUUUCUUUUGUGCUUUUUUUUCGGGCACUUGGAUCCCUUUGUUUGGGUGUGGAGCCUCACCUCGUCCACCAGUGUAGCAUAACCUAACGAAACACGGGACUGAGCUACGAGACUUUUUCCGUCACCGGGAGUUUGGAUUUUUAUAUCAUGGGAACACUCGAGGCAGAAUCUAUUUGAUCGGAGACCCGGUCGACCGAUGGAGCGGAUUCUUUUCAGCACCGCAGAAUUGCCAACGUCAGCCUGAGCGCACAGAGCACACAGUAUUAAAAGACACAGACACUGAAAAGACCACAGGGUCAUGCUUUCUGUUUCUUUCUGGAUCAUUUUGGAAACAGACUUUUGUUUCUUUUGAACAAAAACGUUUGGCGGGAAAAAAGGUGAAAUUUCUACCAUACAGCGAUAAACUCCACCGAUUCAACCUUACGCUUUAUGAUUUGAAAUAAGGGACGCAUGGCAGAGGUGAAAAAUGCAUACCAUAAAAUCAUUUUUUUAUUUUUCAGUAAGCCGCAACUAUUUUUUAAGGUGGGCACAAUUUGUCGUUUUGUCCCCCACAGACCACACAAGAGUAAGGCUUUGUUUCCUGUGUCAUCCAAUGAACUGUAGCCAUUUUUUAUAAGAGAUUAAAAGUGUACAAUCAAAUCUAGUGUGGUAUUUUCACCGUUUUAGGACAAACGCUCCCUCGCAGCAUCUCACCCCCACCUCGUCGCACUUCUGGCAUGCGUACAGGACUUAGAACCUUCUCGCUAUGAUGCCAGAAAAGUCCCAACAACCACCUCCUGCCUGCCUGUGUCCUGACGGGAAGUGCAGACAGUCUGCACGCAAAUGAGAAGCAUAUUUAUCCCUUGUGCUAUCUUAGAUGACCCCACCCUUACAAUGACGUGUUAUUCCUACCAUGACAAAGGUGGAUAAAGGUGGAAAGAUUUCAUGUAAUCCAUGGACACCAGUGAAGAUCACAAAUCAUUGAAGAAAAAAGGUUCAGAGCACUGUCUAGUGGGUCUAGAUGACCCAGCUCCCAAUGGUAAAGUGCCUAGGAUAGCACAAGGGUUAAAAGUCCAGAUAAGCUUCACAAAAAUGUCUGACACGAGGGAGAAAGGAAGGGAUUCACACAAAUAAGGGGCUCGCAGGGUGAAAGGUCAGGCAUUGAGACAAGUUUCUCACUGGAAUGCUCACCGUAAACUCUUCUCUGUCUGAUUCAGUGUGCAAUAAGUAGAUGUAUUAUAUAUUUUUGUGUCAAGUCACUAACUGCAGUUAAUCACCACUAUGAUGAUGAUGAUGAUGAUGAUGAUGAUGAUGAUAGCAAGAAUCGUUUUUCCUGCGUUUAUGGUAUCCGGGCUGAGGAUGAAGUCCUAACAAACUCCUUUCUGGAUCUUUUAUCACAGUAGACGAUCUCAUUCUUGGGUAUGUCACAGCAAGCAGCAAAUGAUUGAACUCAUAUUUCAGAACAGCAUCUAUUAAGUGUUUUUUUUUUUAUUUUAGAUUUCUAGUGCCUUAUAUUAAACGCCUAUUUUGAUAAAGUUACUUUAAAAAAGGCUUUUUUCUGUGUAUUUUCCGUAUGCGUGCUGGUACAUGUAAUCCGAAUGUUUGUGGACAUAAUUUCUGUUGAGUGACCUAAAGGGUGUUUCCUGCUCUUUUGUGUUGUUGUUUUUUUUUUAAGGAAGGCUUUUCGUUGGCUGCAGAGCCAAAACCAAUUAAACUCUAGUAGCUGUUGAUUAGGUUUGUUAAUGGUUUCAAAGCAAGACAUCUGAGUGAGUUUUUAUUUUUAUUUUUUUUACUUAUCUAAAUGUGUAUUUGUUUUUCUCAUGCAAAAACCUCAGUUUUUUAAUUUUUGGCCCCCCUUUCGCAACUACGUAGCUCAGUCAAGGUUGUUUCUUGCUCGGCUAUGCAGAAAUCCGAAAAAAAGGCAAAGUUUGAACUCAACUUAAAGUCAGUUCACCUAAAUUCAGUCAAGCAGCUUACCUGUGUCCCGCAGUCUGAUGUCAUUUGUUUGUGUUUUUCCGGCAACAACAGAGGUUAUAAGGAAAGUUUUGGUGCUAACAACGCAAAACGGGCAUAAAGCAUUUUUUUUAUACCCAUCAACUCCAUGAGGGAUGUACGACAACUCGUCACAGUUAGAGCUGUUUUUUGUAUGCAUGGUAACCACUUUUGAGAUGCCCCUGUUUGGUCACGCCGGUUAUGGGAAGACUUGCACUUUUUCUCUUUGUACUAUGCACUAAUACUAGCAUCCUUUUAUCUUGGAUAGGCCAUCCCCAAAAGGAGUCUUACUUGAACUCCACAUGCUCACAAGAGUGUGUCUAUGUAAAUAACACAAACCACAGAGAGUAAUUGCAGUGCAUAAAUAUGAAUAUAAAAAUUUUUAUGUAGAGUUAAGGAACAAAGAGAAAUUUAUUAGAUAUACAGAGUGAUAUACCAAGAGGAUGCACCUGAAAUCACAGUUUUAUGGCACAGCUGUGUGUGCAAUACAUCACAUUGUGGGUUUGUUGUACCACAAACGAGCAAGUUUCACAAAAACGUGUCCCUGUUUUAUUCCCAAAUGUAUCAUGUAGAUGGAGAAACUCUGGAGUUUGUAAAAUUGUAUAAAACAUGGUGUGUUACUUGGGUCAGUUACCUCCAAUUGGUCUGUAUAUGUAAAGUUUUUUUUUUGUUUGUUUGUUGUUUUUUCAGCUCUGAGUUCAGCAAGUGCUUUUUAUUUUCUUACAUUGGUUCUCGGAGCGUGUGAAAAUGACAAAAAAAAGAGAAUUCUGUUCUUUAUUGACACAAGUUUCAUUUGUUACAAAUAAACUCGAGUGAAAUAAGU